ACUGCUUGUUUCAGGAAGUGACGGACGGGCUCGUUUAAAUGUCCACGGUAGCAUGUCACGAGUUUGAAAAACGUUUGAGCGGGGUUUCUCUUUUUGUCUAACGAGGCAGGGGCAAUUCUGUCCCUCGGACAUGCGUUUCCACCUUUUUAUCGCAGCUGUGUCUUGGUUCGUUUGCGUUGACUCGCGGAAAAUAAGAGGGAUAUCUUCGUCCUACAAACGGUUCUACAGGGAGAGGAAGUCCUUUCUGUGCAUCGAUGGCUCAAAAAUCAUCCCCUUUGAGCAGGUGAACGACGACUACUGCGACUGUGAGGAUGGCUCUGACGAACCAGAUUGCUGCGACGCUUCCGAUGAAUACAACAGCCACGCUCGCUGCCAGAACACUUGCUGGAAUCUGGGGCAGAGAGAGCGAGCCUAUGUGGAGGGCCAGAUGAGGACCUUGGACGAGGGUUUGCAACUCAAGCAGCAGCUGAUUGAGGAGGGAGUGCUGCUCUGGAGGGAGAAGCAGGCCCAGCUCAGGGAGCUCCAGCAGGUAGCGGAGGACCUACAGAUCAAACUAGAGGAUCACAGGAGGAGGAAACACGAGGCCGACCGACGCAAAGAGCAAACGUUGAAGGCGCUGGAAGCGGGCGACGGUGGUCUCAGACUUCAGAACAACACAGUAUCCAGCAUGUUCCAGUCACUGGACAGCAAUAAAGACGGCAGUAUAACAGUGGAUGAACUCCAGGAUAAAGUGGCCCUCAUCCAUGAUGAGGAGCGGUCUCUCUCAGAGGAUGAAGCAGUGGCUUUGUUGGGAGGAGGCCAUCAGAUGGAUGUCACCAAGUUUCAACACACACUCUGGGACAUCCUGACAAAUGGAGACAGUGUCAAGAUCAAAGACACACAUGGUGCACUUGACAGCGUUGUGGAUGAGGAUCCUCACUUAAAGGCCGCUGACAGAGCUGCAAAGUGGGAGGCUACCAAUCUGAAGAAGGUAGAAGAAGCCUAUGAUACAGUCAACAUGGAAAUAAGUGAUCUCCGGAAGAAGCUGGCCAUAGACUAUGGAACGGAUUGGGAGUUUCUGUUUUUGAACAGCCAGUGUUACAAGCUGAAAGUAUAUGAAUACACGUAUACCCUGUGCCCAUUCAAUCAAGUCACACAGGAGAACACCGCAGGAACAGAGGUCUCGUUAGGGAAGUGGGGGAUGUGGGCAGGGACACCAAAGAACCAGUACAGUCAGAUGGUGUAUGAAAAUGGAGAGCCCUGCUGGCAAGGAGGUUCACGCAGCGCUACAGUCACACUGACAUGCGGAACAGAGACAGCCUUGCGAUCAGUGAAGGAGCCCAGCAAAUGCCAGUACAUCAUGGACUUCCAGACACCCGUGGCCUGUCAGCCGGUGCUAAAGCAGCGGGGCAUACACAGUGAACUGUAACCCCUUCCCCUACUGGCCUAGCCUACAUUAACCUAGCUAUGCCUACCCUGCAGUGACAGGCUGGGGAUGGGUAGGUCCCCUCUAACAUCUGUUAUCAGAACACAGACUUCCACAAAAUCCUCGCCAAGGUCAGAAUGUUUUUUUUUUGUAACUCUUCUCAGACCACUUUAGUGUUUGUUGUUCCAGUGCCGAUUUAUUUAAUGUGUUAGCAAACACAAGUAUUAAUAACAAUGCAGUAUAUUCUUUUAUAAGGGUUUACAUUUAAUUCUCAGCAAGAUUAAUAUGUAAAUAAGACCCAACUACAGUUGACCAGUGUAUUAUGACAUCACCACUAAUGUUACUUCUGCUUAUUCAUAAGCACAAGUGAAAGGACUGUGUCCUUCUACUUCAUUAUACUUUUAUUCAGUAUUUUUUUUUUUAAGAACUCCAUGUUAAAACUGAAACCAACAUUAAUUGGAAAGUAGUCUCCUACAAAUCCACUGCUUAUUCCUGUGUUAUUAACGCUUUCCAGAAUCUAAAGUAACCAUCAGCUUUUUUUGGUCAUUAUUUGACCCUGUUUAAAAUUGUAAGCUGUGUCAUUUGUUUUUUUUAGAGAUCUUCAACUGACAGAUUGACGAAUUGUUGGUUUUCCUGUUUAAAUCAGAUGUGUUGACACUAGAAGCACUUUAAGACUUCUCCUUGACUGCUGUAUUUACUGCAAUCCACAAGAAUCAAUAAUUUUACUAUGUAGAUGGUUGGAAAAAUUAAUUAAAUGAGAUUGCUAUGAAUCGAAAAACUGUCCCUCUACCUCACUGCUUUUACUACACAAUUGAUUCUACUUUUAAUGGCUUAAUUGUAGAGCUGCAACAAUUGAUCGCCAACAAUUUUAAUGUUAAAUUAAUCACUUCAAUUAGUUUUAUGGGGGAGAAAAAAAAGUACCCUGAUUUCAGCUUCUUGAUUAUUUUCUGAUUUCUGAAGUUGUUUAGAGUAUUCAAUAGUGCAGACUUUUAGUUUAGUGUACAUUAUGCACAGCACUGUCUAUGGCAAUUGUGAUUACAUGCAUGACACACUAUCAUCCUAAUUUUCAAACUACAGAUACAUUAAUAUAUAGU